AGAAGCGAGAAGAAAAGCGAAGCCCUCCACCCUCCAUCCCCGCUUCUCUCUCUUUCUCUCUCUACCUCGCUUCGUCAGGGAAAGCUGCAUCUCCUCUAAACCCUAGAUAGGAGUAGAGAAGAAACCCCCGAUCUCUCCAAUCCUAUGCAGCUUUUAGAUCUCAAUCUCCUUUGGCCGCCGGAACUUCUCAGCAUCAGUUAGGCUUCCCGCUCCCAAUUCGUCCACCCGGAACUCGAAACAAUUCCUUUUCGUUCGUCGCUCUUUUCGCUCUCAGAUCCUUCGAGGGCUUCUUUGUUUGAGAGGAAUUGUGUUUCAGAUCUCGGGGAUUCGUAGUUUUACUCGUCGAGUUGCAUCAAUCCAUGAUUCUUUUUUGAGUUUUCUUUUGUUUUCUCGAUGAUCUGCUCUGAUUUCAUGGAUGCAGUUUGGUUUCUUGGUUAUUAAGUCACGCUUUUCUUCUGAGUUUGGAUCUUGACUGCGAUUGGGAUUGUUAAAGGAAAUAGGGGGAUCCUCAGGAGAAAAUGGCAAAUCGGAUGAAAGAGGACGAGAAGAACGAGAAAAUAAUACGAGGGCUUCUGAAGCUCCCUGCGAAUCGGAGAUGCAUCAAUUGCAACAGUCUGGGACCGCAAUAUGUAUGCACAAAUUUCUGGACUUUCAUUUGCACAAAUUGUAGUGGCUUACAUCGAGAGUUCACCCACCGUGUGAAAUCAAUAUCGAUGGCCAAAUUUACUCCACAAGAAGUUCGUGCCCUUCAAGAAGGAGGGAAUGAGCGUGCUAAGGAAAUCUAUUUCAAAGAAUGGGAUCCACAGCGUCACUAUGUUCCUGACAGCAGCAAUCUUGAUAAGCUCAGAGAUUUCAUCAAGCAUGUUUAUGUGGAUCGGAGGUAUACUGGGGAAAGGAGCAUUAACAGGCCUCCAAAUGUGAAGGGUGAUAGGGAAGAUACUUAUGAGAACAGAAGGGAAGAUUCCUAUCGGGGUGUCUCAAGAAGUCCACCUUAUGAGGAUACUUAUGAACGCCGUUAUGGUGAACGGCCUGGUUCUAGAAGUCCUGGAUAUGAUCAAGGUGAUUACAAGAGAAGCCCUGCACCCCUCAAGGUGGUAGAUGUGAAGCAUCGAGAUGAUAAAACUGGGAAUGGAAGCCAAAACCGGAAUUUUGAAGAUCGCUGGUCUGCAGAUGGAAAUCCAAGGCCAGAGGGGAGGUCGCCAAGCCAUCAGAAAGAUGUUAAUGUACCUAGUCCUCCCAUGGUUCGACCUGUCAGAGAUAUUCUAGGUGGUGAUAUUCCAUCGAUUCAGAUUAAUGAGCCACCUAAAUUAAACACAAUCCAGGCCGCUGUUAGUCCUGCACCAGCACAGACGACUGCACCUACAAGCAGCAGGGGAUCCAGUGUUGGAAAUUCUGUGGAAUUGAAGAGGGUGAACUCUGGUAGUUUGAUUGAUUUUAGCACAGAUCCUGAACCUCCUCCUGCUGGAGCAUCGCAACAAUCUGCGCCUCAGGAAACUGCCUCUCCACCUGUUAAUGGUGGAGGUUGGGCAUCUUUUGAUGUUGUUGCCCCUCAAAAGAUACCUCAGGCAGCUUCAAGUGCAAGCCCUCUUGAAUCUGUACUGGCUGAACUGUCAGCUCCUGUACCUGCACCUGUAGCCAACUUCUCAACCUCAUCUGUUGCAGGAGUUGAUUCCUUUCUUAAAACAAAUAGUGGAGGGCAAUGGCCAACUGCGAACCAACAACUUCUUUCGGUAUACCCAGCUGCUGAUGUUAAGUCUAUUAAUCCAUCAUAUAAUGCGCCUUCCAUGGGAGCUCCGAACAACCAGCAGUUUUGGGGUUCAUCAAACUCACAAGGACCUAUGGCUGCUCCAACUGGGCAAUCUUCGCAGGCUGUAACGAUACCACCUCAUGAAACCAGUUCUGGAAUUUCAUUACAGCCUGCUUCCUUAGAGGCUAAACCUAGAGGGAGAAGAGAACUUCCAGAGGAUCUUUUUACCGCACAUUACCCGCCUGCACCUGCACAAGUUCCAGGUUGGCAGACAGGUCCGCAUCCUGGCAUGGUGUAUGUCAUGCAGUAUCCAAAUGCAGCAACAUUGCCAAUGUAUCAUCAUUCAUCAAAAUCUACAAAUCCAUUUGAUCUCAUCAAUGAGCCAAAACUACCUCAUGCUUCCACAUUCCCUUCUUUGACCUCCUUGCAAGGAGCAUUACCAAACAUGGCCAUGAAUAACACUUCGAACUUGUUGCGCACUUCCAGCUUGGGGUCCCCCUCCCCACAAUGGGUGCCCCCACAACGACCAUCUUACCCAUCAGCUGUGACUCCAAGUUCCUACAUGAUGCAACACACUGUGAACAACAUGCCCCAUCAAGUACCUAAUAAUGCAUUUCCUGUGGUGCCUCAAAGAAUUGGAGGUUUGGGCACUGAGGGUGCUGCAUUUGGCUUUUCAGGCAUGGAUCCACAUUCAGCUGCUAGAAGCUACCAACCAGGCACUCCAAAUUCCUUUGCUCCUGUUGGGGGAAAUCCUUUUGGAUAGUUGCAAUAAUUGAUAGCUGUAUUUGUUAUUUAUAAAAAGUGUCUUACCAUACAAUGCCUGUUAGUAUUGAAAGUCUCAGCAGAUUUUCUCGGGUUUGAAUUUUUCAAAAGUAGCAGCUCCAGUAAGUAGCAUAUCUUCAGUCCGUUGCCUGUCUGGUGAGACCGUACAGAAAGUUAUCAUGUGAACUUAAGCAUGGAGAGAGGCAAGAACACUGACUGAGGAAGUGUCAUGCAAUCACAGGGGUUUCAAGGCAUGUUCGAUACCUUCUAGUGUACUAUAAAGUUUUAGUGAAUGUCGCGACGCUUAUGUGCAUGUUUAAGGUUCCACCAUGUCGUCUAGAAGUUUACUGUAAUCUUUCGUUGUUUUGUCACUGGUGUCAGUUUUGGGGUGCAUAAUAUUUUUGUUAGGGUUUUGCUGUUUAGUUUAUUCAUUGCCCAUUAUGUGGUUACUAUUUUGGUUUGUGAAUGAACUUUUGUAAAACUAUGUCAGUUGACUGAAAAUUCAAUGAGAGAAUGUGCUUGCUUGAAUA